AGCAAGUUAGCCCUCUGUGCGAGCUAUUUUGCGGCUGCGAGAUGAUUCCCGCAACACCGGCGUGGCGGCUGCUGGAGCUGGGCUUGACGCAGCUCCUGUCACUCUAUUUUUGUUUGGCUGAAUUACAACGGCCAUGAGUAUGGGUGUGCUGGGGGGCAGUGUCAGGGAGGUGGGUGCCAAGCUGAAGCAGGGGGCAGUGACUGCCAUAGAGGUAUGUGAGGCGGCACUGCAGCGGCAGGCAGCAGUGGAGCCGCUGCGGCCCUUCAUCACCCCCACCCAGGACAGAGCCAGGCAGGCCGCGGCACAGGCACAUCAGAGGUAUAAGGAGGGCAGGCCGCUUGGGGCGCUGGACGGCAUACCAGUAGCUGUAAAAGACAAUUUCUGCACCAAAGGCAUUCCCACCACCUGCGGCUCCAAGAUGCUUCAGGGUUACACUCCACCUUACUCCGCUACCGUGGUGGAGAGGCUGGAGGCUGCCGGGGCUGUGCUGGUGGGGAAGACGAACCUGGAUGAGUUUGGUAUGGGGUCUGGGACGAUUGACUCGGCAUUUGGCACUUCCAAGAAUGUCUACCGCUCGGGGAUUGAGUACGAGCUGGAAGGUGCAGAGAAGAGGUACCCCGUCUCAGCGCUGGAGGAAGGUGACUGGGUGGUGGCAGGCGGCAGCUCUGGGGGGAGUGCGCUCUCAGUGGCAACGGGAGCAUCAUUUCUGGCCUUGGGGUCAGACACAGGUGGCUCGGUGCGUAACCCAUCCUCGUACUGCGGUGUGGUGGGCCUCAAGCCGUCGUACGGGGUGGUGCCGCGCUGGGGGCUGGUCAGUCUGGUCAACUCCAUGGAUGUGCCGGGCCUGUUGGGGCGCCGCGUGGAUGAUGUGGCGGCGCUGCUGGGGGUGCUGGCCGGCCGGGACAAGAGGGAUGCCACCAGUGUAGAUAGUGACCUCACAUCCCUAAGGUUGCCUGAGGAGCCCCAGCUGGCGGGGGUCGUGGUGGGCGUGCCGAAGGAGUACCACCAACCUGGCACGAGUGUGGAGGUGGUGGAGGCAUGGACUAAGCUGGCAGACAUGAUGGAGAAUGCUGGUGCUGAGGUCCGAGAGGUGUCCAUGCCCCACACCGAGCACUCCAUCAUCUGCUACUCCAUCCUCAACCCGUGCGAGGUGGCGUCAAACUUCACCCGCUACACCGGCGUGGGUUAUGGCCUGCGGGGGUCGGCCAGCCACUCCAUGGAGGCCCUGUAUGCCGUCACGCGCCAGGCCGGGCUCAACCAGGUGGUGCGGGGCCGUGUGCUGGCCGGCAACUACUUCUUACUGAGGGAGAACAGGAGGAAGUACUAUGAGCAGGCGUUGAGGGUGCGGCGGCUCAUCUGGCGGGACUUCCAGGAGGUGUGGCAGAGCGGUGUGUCGCUGCUGCUCACCCCCACCACCCUCACCCCAGCCCUCAGGUACUCCGACUUCAGUUCCCUUGAUAACCGCUCACAGACCGCCGCCCAAGACAUCUGUACGCAGGCGGCCAACAUGGCAGGCGUGGGGGCCGUCAGUGUGCCGGUGGGCCUGAGCAGCGAGGGGCUGCCACUCGCCCUGCAGCUCAUGGCUCCCUGGGGCCACGACGCAGCCCUCCUCGCCGCCGCCAAGUGGAUGGAGCAGCACGCGUGUUGUCCACGUCUGCGCUUAUUGUAGUCUUCGGCCACUCACAGGACACUUGUGGGGACGCUCGCCGGUGUGGACCCUCUCGUGGCGAUGCAGGUGCGAGACGUGUGAAAACUUCUGGCCGCAGGUGAAACACAUGUAGGGGUGUUCCCUCUUGUGAAGCCUGGAUAAGAGAAAUUUGUGCG